AUGGUGCAGGAGGGGAAUGCUACUAAUACGAGUAGUAGUAGGAGUACCCAGGGACGGGGGGAUUAUUUCACCAGGGGCAACGGGGGAUCGUCGUCGCCGCCGCCGCCUGCGACUGAUAGCCUCAAUGCGGUUGUUGUGGCCAAGGCAAGGGGGAAUCCUAAUAGGAAGGUUGGACUGAGGGAUCGCAUUGCGUGUUUUCAGUGGACGUGGUUUACUAUGACCAUGGCAACCGGGGGCAUUGCGAAUGUGCUGCAUUCAAUCCCAUACAGGUCCCAAUGGCUUACCGGCAUCGGGCUGGCCUUCUUCUUUCUGAACAUCUGCCUCUAUGUCAUGAACUGUGUUUUGAUCUCUCUCCGGUUCUACUGGCAUCCGGGCUCCCUUUUCAACUCGUUUACCGACCAGCUUGAGUCUUUGUUUAUAUCGGCAAUCGUGACCACCAUCCUCAUCACCACCUGCCAGUACGGCGUGCCCAACGCCGGCCCGUGGCUGCUGAGCGUCGUCGAAGCCUGCUUCUGGAUCUACGUCGGGGUAAGCUACCUAGUCAGCGCAGGGCUGUACUUGACGCUCUGGUCGACUCAAGCCUUCCCCAUCCACACCAUGACUCCCGUCUGGGUAUUCCCAGCUUACCCGCUCCUCCUCACGGCACCCUUCGGCAGCAACCUCGUCUCGGCAGCCAACAAAACAGGCCGUCUCGACGGCAUGAACACAGUCGCCGUCACGGCCGCGGCCAUCACAGUGCAAGGCAUGGGGUUUCUGAUCAGCUUCAUGAUCUGCGCCGCCUUCCUCUACCGCCUCAUGACCCAGAAACUGCCACGCGACCACCAGCGCCCGGGCGUCUUCAUCUCCAUCGGUCCCAGCGGCUUCACCGCUGCGGGGAUCGUCCAACUAGGCAGCCUAAGCAGCGCCAUCUUCCCCUCAGGCCUGGCAGGCGCCGAGCACGCCGCUUCGAUGCUCCGCCUGCUGGCCUACAUGGCCGGGCUCUGGCUGUGGGGGCUCAGCGUGUGGUUCUUCCUCGUGUCGGUCGGGUCGCUGUGGAAGUACCUGCGGCCCGAGAACAAGGCCAAACUGCGCUUCCAGAUGACGUGGUUCUCGUUUGUGUUUCCCAAUACCGCUCUGGUGACGGCCACCGAGGCACUGGGCACCGCCUUUGACAGCACCGGCCUCAAGGUGUUUGGUUGUGUGCUGGCCGCGUGCUUGGUGCUGGUGUGGAUCCUGGUGUUUGGUCAGAUGCUGAGAUGUCUUUGGAGGAAGGAGUUGUAA